UUAGAUUGAUCCAAUCAGUUUGCGUCAUUUUGUUUGCAUCGUAGUGCAGUGAAAAUGAGCGAAAUUGAAGCCGAAUUAACGAGAAUUUUAACAAAAAUAGCUGAGGCAAAAUGUAUCAAACAUUACAAAGCUGUGGCAGAUACUGUCGCUGAUAUAGGCAAUGGAUUCCUCUCCAGUUUUUAUAAAGGAGAAAUACAUAACCAGGAUACGGGUGAGAUAAUCUCUGUUGGGAUUAAAAUGGAACCUCCGUUUGCAGGUAUAAAUUUUGCCAAAUUUUAUAAAAACGAAGAGGUAUUUUAUAAGGAUUUCCUACCUGCUAUAUUAACUUUGCAAGCUAAAACAAAUAUGAAAGAUCCCUUUGAUAAUACUGCUACCUAUUUUAAUUCAGAGACUGGAAAUAUUAAUUUUAUCGCAUUGGAAAAUGUGUCUGAUAAAGGAUAUAAGCUGCAUGAUAAAAUGGCGUACCUUAACAGAGAAUGCUUAGAAAAAAUAUUUAAAAUUUACGGAAAGUUUCAUGCAUUAUCUUUUGUUUUGAGACGGCGCAACUGGGAGUUAUAUGAGAAAAUUCAUAACCAGUAUUCCAGCGAUAUGUUUCAGUACUUUGUAAAACCUGAAAAGAAUGCAAUUAUUUUAAAAAAAUCAAUAACAGCAGCGUAUGAGUCCUUAGAUCAUGACUCAAAAGUAUAUAAUGAAUUAGAAGCCUUAAGUGAGAACUGUGUAAAAUUAUAUAUAAAGGCAUCAGAGUAUAGAGGGAAGUACUGGUGCUCAACACACGGAGAUUGCUGGUCGAAUAAUAUGUUAUUCAAAUAUUCGGACAAUGGCCAAGUUGAAGACAUUAAACUAAUCGACUUUCAAUUAGCAAGAGACGGAUCUCCGAUCCACGAUCUGGCUUACUUUUUCUACUCUGGAGCUGCUAAAGAAGACCUGUAUCGUAUUGAUGAAUAUUUAAAAAUUUAUCACGAAACUUUUUCAAAUAUUCUUAAGGCCUUAGGUGAAGAUCCCGAGGAACUAUUUCCAUUCGAAGCACUCUUAAAUGAAUGGAAAGAAAAUGCGCUUCUGGGUGUUUUUUUGGGAAUUUAUUUGUGGCAAGUAAAACUUUUGCCUAAAGAAAAGUAUCAAAAUAUAUUUAAUAAUCCGGCCGACGAGAAGAAACCUAAUGCGGAAGAAUGGAAUGAGAUAUUUGCGAAACUGUUGCAAAAAACGUUAGAGGGGGAUAAAUUCAGAGAAAGAGCGAAAAAUAUAUUAACACAAGCUUUUGAGUAUGGCAUUAUUUCCAAGGAAAAAAUAGAUGCCCUGUAGGGUAGCUCGAAUAAAAUGCAAUGUAGCUAAAUUUACAAUACUGAUACUAUAAAUAAACUUAAGUAAAAUAUUAUAGAA